AUUGAGCCACAAUUUCCAGUGUUCCGGAGCUGCUCUCAUCGUCGCGUACUCGCUUCGAACGCUUUUCCGUAGGGUGUACCCGGGAUAGCCAGUGUUCCAGGAACAUCCCUUAGCAGCAGCAGCAGCAGCACCAAAAGCAACAGCAACACCCUGUCCAGUGUUCGCUACGCACCUACAUUCGCGUCACACAAGCAAAUGAAACGGUGCAGUAGCUAGUAGCAGUGCAGCCCCCGGGAUUCCGAGUUCCGAGUGUCGUUCAAUCAAAGUAGUGCUGCUUGAAGAAAACUGUUGGAACCUCCAGCAGCUCCAGCUUUCGUCCAUCCGUUGCGCCACGUCGAGUGAUUUUGCGUAUUGAGGCAUCGUCGUCGUCAUCAAACAACGCGUACAACGCGUAUCCUACACCACGUGAACCACGUCGAAGGUGGUGGCCCCAACUAUAGCGUCCGUGGCCGUGUAGCGUGCGCUUUACCAGCUAGUCCCAUUCGUCCAGUUAUCGUUGGAAUUUUCCACCAGGAAAAACACGCAAAGUAAAGAUGGCCGGUGGUGGUGAUCCAAAAUGGCAGAAAGAUGCAUCCGAUCAGAACUUCGACUACAUGUUCAAACUGCUGAUCAUCGGUAACUCGAGCGUUGGCAAAACGAGCUUUCUGUUCCGCUACGCAGAUGAUUCCUUUACGUCGGCCUUCGUGUCCACGGUAGGCAUAGACUUCAAAGUGAAGACCGUGUUUCGCCAUGACAAGCGAGUGAAACUACAGAUUUGGGACACCGCUGGACAGGAGAGAUACCGUACUAUCACGACGGCUUACUACCGAGGAGCGAUGGGUUUCAUUCUGAUGUACGACAUUACGAAUGAAGAAAGCUUCAAUUCUGUGCAAGAUUGGGUUACACAGAUUAAGACCUAUUCUUGGGAUAACGCACAAGUCAUACUGGUUGGUAACAAGUGCGACAUGGAGAGCGAGCGAGUGAUUUCGUUCGAGCGUGGCAAGCAACUGGCCGAUCAGCUUGGAGUGGAGUUCUUCGAAACUUCUGCAAAGGAGAAUGUCAACGUGAAGAACGUGUUCGAGAGACUAGUGGAUAUCAUCUGCGAUAAGAUGUCGGAAAGCUUAGACUCCGACCCGACGCUGGUAGCCGGUGGACCCAAAGGGCAACGGUUGACGGAUCAACCUGGACAAGGGCCGCCGACCGCGAACUGUAACUGCUAAAAGCUUGCAAACCGAUUCGGCUCGGUUGGUCGGCCAUCUUGCCGUGCUAUUGGUUGAACAUGCACCAAGGGGCAGAUAAGAGAAAGAGAGAAAGAGCGAGAGAAACCGUAAAACAAACACACAAACAGUGAAACAUCCACACAGGCACUUGUUAUUGUCUCGUAAAACUAGAACAACCAACCAACAAAUACACAAACAAAACUAAACUAAACCGAAUCCAACCGGAUGGCUCCCCGUUGACAGAAGGGAUCCAGCGAACGAAUGAUGGAUAUA